CCACAUGCUGAGCUUGUGGUUGGAAUUUGUUCAAUCUCUUCAUGGCCCUCUCGCUCUCGCUUUCACUCUCACUCUCACUCUCACUCUUAUUUUUCUCUCUGCAUUCUUCCUGCACGCUCCGCAUCUCUCCCUUUCUAGGUCUAAGCCAGUUUUUUUCAAGCUUCUGGGGAAAUGCUAACCUGGGUUGUUUACUCUCUGCACUAGUCAUUUCUCCUUUUAUUCUUACUGAAGUCACACUGCUGCUGGAGCUCCUCUGAUCUGAAAUUAUGGCUAAACCAAAUGGGGUUAUUUAUUCAUCAGCAAAAUCGCCACAGCACCCCAUGUUAUAUACAAUAAAUGAAGGAGCCAACCAUUACAAACAAGGCAAAGGACAUCUCUCGAUGCUGAAAAUGAAGUUUUCAACCAAGGAAUUCUGGCCUUUAGGUGGAAAAUUGAAUACUUUUAUCAGAUCCCGGGGGCCUUCUUGGGUAUGUCAGUCAGCGGAAACACACAACACGAAAACAAAGGAGCUUGUGACAAACUAUGAUGAUUGUUCAGAUAUGUCCAGCUCUCCAAGUGGAGAUGAGCAUCCCACUGAGACUGGGAAAAACACCUCUUCUAGUCAAGGAUUAGCUGAAGCAUGCAGAUUUGUUUCGAAUGAUGCAAAAUUCGUGAAUGAAAGAGCUAGAAGUGAUAUUAUACUUCUUUCACGAGGCAUUAUGAAGUUGGAUGCUCGCGCACGUCAAGAUGUCGCAUUUCUUGGUUCAGAGUUCCUUAAGCUUGAUGCAAGGGCUAGGGAAGAUACUGAGAAAAUUGAUAAUGAUGUGAAGAGAAGAGCUGAAAGGCUUCAUCAUGUAGCCACUCUUCUGAAAAACAAAGCUCAAUCAAAAUUGAAAAGGGCUGCUGACAAGCAUUGGAGUGAUGGUGCAUUAGAGGCUGAUUUGAAGCGAGCUGAUUCUGCUGCCAAGCAACGUGCAAUGGAAGAUUCUCUUAUGGCAUUGGAGUUGGUCAAAAGCAUUCAUGAUAUGAUGGUGAGCAAAAUGUACAGAUUGAAAAGAGAUUCUAACACUAGCAAGGUGGCAAGGCAUAUAACACUAGAAAAGAACGGGAAAAAUCUUGGCUUUCUACCUGGAGAAGUAUCUGCGGAUCGUAUUACUGCGAUUCAGGAAGCUUAUUGGAACAUAGCUUCUGCACUUUCCGAAGCUGAUGGAAUUGACUAUACUGAUCCGGAAGAGGUCCGAGUCAAACAAAUAGAUCUGGAGUUGCUGGUGGCAGCCCUUAUUGAUCUUGAUGCGAUGGAUGGUAAAAGUAGUGUAUCUCUGUUGGCAGAGUGUUCAAAUUCUCCUGAUGUCAGCACCAGGAGAGCGUUAGCUAAUGCAUUAUCAGCUGCUCCAUCGAUGUGGACUCUUGGAAAUGCCGGCAUGGGUGCUCUUCAGAGACUGGCAGAAGAUAGCAAUCCUGCAAUUGCUGCAGCAGCAGCCAAAACCAUCUAUGAGCUGAAGAAACAGUGGGAAAUAGAGGAAGGAGAUAGCUGGAGGUUCAUGAUGAACCAAAGCUUCGAAGACGACGAGGAAGAUGACACCUGGACAGAUUAGGAGGCUGAGUUUGUUGUGUAGAUAUAGCUUCAUAACUAAUCAAUUGGAUCUCUAAUAUUGUGGAUGCUUGUUUGACUCCGACUUUUGUGUCGUCAUCUGUAAUAUAAGCAAGAAAAAUGGUGCUGUGGGUUUCACUUUCACCUUGAGCCGGAAAGAUUUGUAUAGAAACUUUUACAAACUAUAUUGUUGUCUUACGUAUCUUUUCAUUUGCACAGGUUGCAGUUACA